CAUGAGUGUCUGCAGCCGCCAGCAGGUUCUUCGAACACAACGUGGUGGGCUUUCGGAUGGUCGGUGUCUGCGUGGCCUCUUGUCCCUCUCAUCUGCGGUCGCAGCAAAAGUCUUGAACCAUGAGCACUGCAGCCAGGGACCUACCCACGCGAAGCGUGUCGUCGGCCCAGUGCCUCAUCCGUGAGGGCUACACUGUGGGCAGAACCAUUGGCGAAGGCUCCUACUGCAAAGUCAGGGAGAUCUGCAAGGCGCAGGAACGGUACGCGGUCAAAAUCAUCGCCAAGAACCAGACGUCGUCGGACUUCGUGAACCGGUUCCUGCCCCGCGAGCUGGACAUCCUGCCCCGGAUCGAGCACCCGAACAUCGUCAAGGUGUACCGUAUCCUCCAAGUCCGGGAGAAGGUCUUCAUUAUCAUGGAACUCGCAGAACACGGGGACCUUCUGGACCACAUUCGAAACCACGGGCGCAUCGGCGAAGAGCGCGCUCGGCGCUACUUCGGCCAGCUGGCCAGCGCCCUCAACUACCUGCACAACAAGAACAUUGCUCACCGGGACCUCAAGUGCGAGAACGUCCUGCUCAAGGACGAAAACACGGUCAAGCUCACAGAUUUCGGCUUCAGCAGAUUCUGCCAAGACCCGAGCGGCAAGCGCGUGCUGAGCUCCACGUACUGUGGCAGCGCGGCGUACGCGUCUCCCGAAGUACUGCAGGGCAUUCCGUACAACCCCAAGAUGUACGACGUGUGGUCUCUGGGCUGUAUCCUCUUCAUCAUGGUGACCGGCACCAUGCCCUUCGACGACACCAACAUCAAGACUCAGAUCCGGCUCCAGAUGCACCGCGACGUGCGCUUCCCGUCCAACUACUCGAUCAGCUCGUCCUGCAAGAGCCUCAUCCGCCACAUGCUCGAGCCGGACAUCGUGAAGCGCGCCACGCUCAAGCAGGUGCUGCGUCAUCCGUGGCUCGAGGAGGGCGUGGCGGUCGCCUCGUGAACCGGGGCGCGGGACGCCGGCCCCUCCGAUCGGGCCUCGACUCCCUACGACCGGGUCUCGGCUCCCUCAGGCCGGGCAUC